AUGCCAAACCACUCGUCCGAGCCCAAGACCCGCCAAGAAAAGAAGGGCAACAAGGCCAAACGCAGCUUUGAACUCCACGGCAAGUACAGCGCCAAGCACACGAGAAGGGUCGAAGCGUUCACUGCCCAGCACUAUGCCGCCGCCACCAGCACCCAUGGCCGUGGCCAGCCUAAUCUGGGUCGUGCGACACCGACGACACACCAAGCCACGUACUACUAG